AAAGCAUCGUUUGUUUUUGAAGGUACCUUACGAAACAUUGAACAAACGGUUCCGAGCCGCUCAGAAAAACAUUGAUCGAGAAACUAGCCACGUGACCAUGGUUGUAGCAGAGUUAGAGAAGACACUGAGCAGCUGUCCAGCUGUGGAUUCUGUGGUUAGUCUCCUUGACGGAGUGGUUGAAAAGCUUAGUGUUCUGAAACGAAAGGCAGUAGAGUCAAUCCAGGCCGAAGACGAAAGUGCAAAACUAUGCAAACGCAGAAUUGAGCAUCUUAAAGAACAUAGUAGCGAUCAGCCAGCUGCUGCAAAUAUGUGGAAGAAAAAACGAAUGGAUCGCAUGAUGGUGGAGCAUCUCUUGCGGUGUGGCUAUUACAAUACUGCUGUAAAACUAGCCAGGCAAAGUGGCAUUGAGGACUUGGUAAAUAUUGAGAUGUUCUUAACUGCCAAAGAAGUAGAAGAAUCCCUGGAAAGACAAGAAACGAUGACUUGUUUAGCUUGGUGUCAUGAUAACAAGUCUAGGCUCAGGAAAAUGAAGAGUUGUCUGGAGUUCAGUCUAAGGAUUCAGGAGUUCAUAGAACUUAUUCGACAGAACAAGAGACUGGAUGCUGUGAGACAUGCAAGAAAACAUUUCAGCCAGGCUGAGGGAAGUCAGCUGGAUGAAGUGCGGCAGGUGAUGGGCAUGUUGGCCUUCCCUUCUGAUACUCAUAUCUCUCCUUACAAGGAUCUUCUGGAUCCUGCUCGAUGGAGGAUGCUAAUCCAGCAGUUUAGAUAUGAUAACUACAGAUUGCAUCAACUGGGGAAUAACUCUGUCUUUACCAUAACACUCCAGGCUGGGCUUUCAGCUAUAAAAACACCACAAUGUUAUAAAGAGGAUGGCAGUUCAAAAAAUCCUGACUGCCCUGUGUGUAGCAAAUCCCUAAAUAAGCUGGCUCAGCCUCUGCCAAUGGCGCAUUGUGCCAACUCCCGACUAGUCUGCAAGAUUUCAGGAGACGUGAUGAAUGAAAAUAAUCCUCCCAUGAUGCUUCCAAAUGGAUAUGUGUAUGGAUACAAUUCUUUGCUUUCUGUUCGUCAAGAUGACAGAGUAAUUUGCCCAAGAACCAAAGAGGUCUUCAACUUCUCUCAAGCUGAGAAGGUCUACAUUAUGUAAACCCCUCUCACACGCAAUGAAGUGCCACUGGAUUUUGACACAAUUUAUUCUAGCAGUGCCCUAUAGAAAGAUCUUGAGUAUGGCAAAGAGAGCUGCGACUCUCGGGGCCGGGAGGGGGGGAAUCAGACUUGUUGGUGGCAUUUUUUCUUGCGACCAAAGAUCAGUGAGCAAAAAUAUACACUCUUAGAAAGUGAGGAAGUGUGACGAAAGAAAAAAAAAGUUGCACUCGGAGGGAACAAAUUUUGAAUGUUUGGAUUUUGUAACAAUAAUUGGAUUUUUCUCAAAUACUCAUCCAGCAGCAGCAGCUUACUCAAAUAGAUCAUUUCACAUGAGAAAAAACUUACAGUAGAUCUCAAAGGGCCACUUCUCACUUCAGUUUUCUGUAUCACCUGUUUAUACCCAUGUGUGAAAUAUUGUAUUAUUUGGAGGGACUAAAUAUGCAAAUCUGAAAUACAUGCAUCAGGGAGCUGGAGUAGGUUUCAGCUUCCCAAUGUGUGUCCAUCCUGUGUCCUCAAGGACAUGUGAGUGAGUGUGUGCAUAUGCAUUUCCCCUUCAGAUGUGGUUGUCACCAUGAGCCACACAAACCGGAAGCAUGCUUAUUGGGCCCGAGUGUGACGUGGGCCUCAAGUGCGCUUCCUUCAUCUCUGUUAGCAAACUCUUUUGUUUGGUAUCCUCUUUCACUCUGCCUUUAAAAGAUGGCCAAUGUAAUUCAUUCUGUGAAUAGAUGCUUGAUGAAUGCGAACACAAGAUUGAUCCUGGAGGAAUUCAGAGUUCCUUUGAAAAGAUAUAGAAGGGUUUAUUCUCUUCCCUAAAAACGCUACAUACUUUAAGCAUCUUAGGAAGAUUGCAUAAACGCAGAACUGGUAACAUUGCAGGCACAAUGUGCUGCUUGUGUAUCUGUCCUCCUUCCAGUUGACCGUAGUGUUAAGGACCUUUGUUUAUUAGUUACUAUGUGCAUAGGAUUCAAUAUCAAACCAUUUAGUGCUACUGCCUUAUUUCUUGCUUUGAGAAUGUAUUCACAUGAAAAUCAGCUGGUAACCUUAAGUGUUGGGAAAGUUUUGAAGAAGAUGCCUUGCAGGAUAAUUAUGUAAUUUUAGGGUAUUCAUUACAGAAAAGAUUAGUUCAAUUUUAACAGCUACAAAUCACAUCCUUAUCAUUCUCCAGACAGCCCAUUGUAGUAGGAACAAAACCAUAUGAUAGACUUUGUAUUUAGCAUUUAUUUUUGCAUGUUGAUGUUGAUUAGCUAAUAAAGACAUUGCUCAUAACCAU